AUGAGCACACGGCGGGUGGUGGUGGAAGCGCCCGCGGGGGCCGGCUCCAGCAUGCCUCUGCAGAGGCACAAGGUGUCCUUCAGGGCAGCUCAGUCACCGUCCUCCCUGGACGGCCUCCCAGCUUCCAGGACCAUUGCCGUGGGUGGUCUUGUCCGAACACCCAGGGUCUACGUAGGGAUGACACCCAGUGGGCCCACAGGUGGCCUGGGUGCCCGCGUGACCCGCAGGGCCCUGGGCAUCAGCAGCGUCUUCCUGCAGGGCCUGCGGAGCUCAGGCCUGGCCACGGCACCCGCUCCCAGCCUGGAGAGGGACCUCGGUGCGGCCGAGGACCUGGGGGGCUGCCUGGUGGAAUACAUGGCCAAGGUACACGCCCUGGAGAAAGUCAGCCAGGAGCUGGAGGCACAGCUGCGCAUGCACCUGGAGAGCAAAGCCACGCGCUCAGAGAACUGGGGCGCCCUCCGGGCCUCAUGGGCCAGCAGCUGCCAGCAGGUGGGCGAGGCGGUCCUGGAAAACGCACGGCUCAUGCUCCAGACAGAGAAUAUCCAGGCGGGCGCGGACGACUUUAAGGAGAGGUAUGAAAAUGAGCAGCCAUUUAGAAAGGCAGCAGAAGAGGAAAUUAACUCUCUGUAUAAAGUCAUUGAUGAAGCGAAUUCGUCAAAAAUGGAUCUGGAGAGUCAAAUAGAAAGCCUGAAAGAAGAACUCGGCUUUCUGUCCAGGAGCUAUGAAGAGGAUGUGAAAAUGCUGUACAAACAGCUGGCAGGGUCUGAGCUGGAACAACUGAAUGUUCCCAUUGGCACUGGGCUGGAUGACAUCCUUGAGACGAUCAGAAUUCACUGGGAAAGAGAUGUUGAAAAGAACCGGGUGCAGGCGGGAGCCUUGCUUCAAGCUAAGCAACAGGCGGAACUGGCUCGCAGGGCCCAGACCCAGGAAGAGAAGCUGGCUGCAGCCCUCAGGGUGGAGUUGCACAACACUUCCUGCCAAAUCCAGAGCCUGCAGGCUGAGACGGAGUCCUUACGAGCUCUGAAACGAGGCCUGGAGAACACCUUGCACGACGCCAGACACUGGCACGACAUCGAGCUGCAGAACCUGGGGGCGGUGGUCAGCAGGCUGGAGGCGGAGCUCAGGGAGAUGCGCGCGGAGGCGGAGCAGCAGCUGCAGGCCCGGGAGCACCUGCUGUCGCACAAAUGCCAGCUGCAGCGGGACGUGGCCUCCUACCACGCGCUUCUGGACCGCGAGGAGAGCAGAAGGACCGAAGAGUACCAAGAUCAUCCAUUACAGGUUUUCAUCAUGCUAAUUGGACUUGGUGGGCCCAAGGAGCCAGAACGUAGGUCCCUCUGGAGGCAGAACCGAAGUGAGCUCUGGGAUAAGGAAUUUGGAAUUAAACCUUAUGCAAUCAUGAGGGGAGCAUGGCAGUGGAAGUCAGAAAGGAAGAGUGAGAGGAGAGAGUUGCCAGCCUAUCAACCAGAGAAGCACAUCCCAGUGGGUUGCGAAGGGGAAGCUGAGAGAGAAGCUGUGCCUGUGUGGGCUGUGGGCCCACAGCAUCUGACGAUGGGCUUGCUGCUGCUGUUGGUCACCAGGGACACCACUGGGAUAGAAGAGCUGGUUUCAGAGCGCAGGAGGGCUGGGGCUAGCCGGAAGGCACUGGCGCCUCUCCGUAUGGCACUGCCUCUAACCAUGCUGACCUCCAGAGAGUAG